CCAACCGAUCACUCCGCGCUCAGCUACCUACAUACGUUCACGGAGCUAGCGUACACAUGGGCAACGCCGUGCCGCGCAGCAUGCGCCACGAGGCCACGCCCAAAGCCAGGGCGGCCGUGGCCUCGCGCUCCGGGGCGAGGGCGGCCGUACCAUCGGGACGCGCGGGCACGACGGCGCGCAGGCAUGGCGGGAAGGUGGCGCGGGCCGCCGAGGGUCGACGCGCGGUCAAGGAGAAGCAUGGGGGAGGCAGCGGCGGCAACGGGUCCGCCGUCGUGAUGACGGUGAAGGUGGUGGUGACGAGGAAGGAAGCGGAGAAGCUGAUCGCGCGGCUGGAGGAGCAGAGCGCGAGGGAGCGCAAGGCUAGGAUCGCCGAGCUCACGGGCCAGCUCAGGUCGGGGGACGGCGGCGGCGGGAGGAGCCCGGCAACGUGCGGGGCGGCGCGGAAGCCGAGGCUCGCCGUGAUACAGGAGAGCUAGCUCCGCGUAUAUGCAUGUCGAUCGACCUAGUCCCGCGCAGUAGCCACUGGCAGACGUGUCCGUAGUUUACGAGUUUUAGUACGUACGUACACAGUGCCUUAACCGCUGGUCACUCGCCACUCGGUCAUGUACUUUGUUCAGCUAGCGUGGUUGCAAGAGGUGGCAUGGCAAUUGGACAGUAUAGUAUAAGGUUGGGUCAUCUAUUUUAAAACAGAAGAAGUAGCGACUAGCUAA